AUGAGUAAAUUGAAAUACAUUAUCUAUCUAUCUAUCUAUCUAUCUAUCUAUCUAUCUAUCUAUGUAUUUUUUUCUAUCUAUCUAUCUAUCUAUCUAUCUAUCUAUCUAUUCUCUUCAUAUCUAUCAGUCUGUCACUCUCAGUCUUUUUAUAUCUAUCUUAGUUUUUUUGCUAUCUAUCUAUCUACAUAUGAGCAUUUGUUUAUCUAUCUAUCUAUCUAUCUAUCUAUCUAUCUAUCUAUCUAUCUAUAUAUAUAUAUAUAUAUAUAUAUAAUAUUUUCAUAUUCAUCUAUCUAUCUAUCUAUCUAUCUAUCUAUCUAUCUAUCUAUCUAUCUAUCUAUCUAUCUAACUAUCUAUCGCAGUUUGUUCAUAUCUAUCUAUCUCAGUUUGUUCAUAUCUAUCUAUCUAUCUCAGUUUGUUCAUAUCUAUCUAUCUAUCUCAGUUUGUUUAAAUGUCUCUCUCUCUCUGUGUCUAUCCCAGUUUGUUUAUAUCUAUCUAUCUAUCUAUCUAUCUAUCUAUCUAUCUAUCUAUCUAUCUAUCUAUCUCUCUCUCUAUCUAUCUAUCUAUAUAUGUCUACAUCUAUCUAUCUAUCUAUCUAUCUAUCUAUCUAUCUAUCUAUCUAUCUCAGUUUGUUUAAAAUGUCUCUCUCUCUCUGUCUAUCUCAGUUUGUUUAAAUGUCUCUCUCUCUCUAUCUCAGUUUGUUUAAAUGUCUCUCUCUCUCUCUCUGUCUAUCCCAGUUUGUUUAAAUGUCUCUCUCUCUCUGUCUAUCCCAGUUUGUUUAAAUGUCUCUCUCUCUCUGUCUAUCCCAGUUUGUUUAAAUGUCUCUCUCUCUCUCUCUCUGUCUAUCCCAGUUUGUUUAAAUCUAUCUAUCUAUCUAUCUAUCUAUCUAUCUAUCUAUCUAUCUAUCUAUCUCUCAGUCUGUUUCUCUCUCUCUCUCUCUUUCGCUCUGUAUCUCAGAUUGUCCAUAUCUGUCUAUCUAAUCAGUGUCAAUUAAUCUAUCUCAAUUUAUUCAUUGCUUGCUCUAUAAAUCUAUCUAUCUAUUCAUCUAUCCAUCAUUAUCUAUCAUCUAUCUAUCUAACUAUCUAUCGCAGUUUGUUCUAUCUAUCUAUCUCAGUUUGUUCAUAUCUAUCUAUCUCAGUUUGUUCACAUCUAUCUAUCUAUCUCAGUUUGUUCACAUUCAUCUAUCUAUCUCAGUUUUUUGUUUAUAUCUAUCUAUCUAUCUAUCUAUCUAUAUCUAUCUAUCUAUCUAUCUAUCUAUCUAUCUAUCUCUCUAUCUAUCUAUCUAUAUAUGUUCUACAUCUAUUCAUCUAUCUAUCUAUCUAUCUAUCUAUCUAUCUAUCUAUCUAUCUCAGUUUGUUUAAAUGUCUCUCUCUCUCUGUCUAUCUCAGUUUGUUUAAAUGUCUCUCUCUCUCUAUCUCAGUUUGUUUAAAUGUCUCUCUCUCUCUCUCUGUCUAUCCCAGUUUGUUUAAAUGUCUCUCUCUCUCUGUCUAUCCCAGUUUGUUUAAAUGUCUCUCUCUCUCUGUCUAUCCCAGUUUGUUUAAAUGUCUCUCUCUCUCUCUCUCUGUCUAUCCCAGUUUGUUUAAAUCUAUCUAUCUAUCUAUCUAUCUAUCUAUCUAUCUAUCUAUCUAUCUCAGUCUGUUUCUCUCUCUCUCUCUCUCUUUCGCUCUGUAUCUCAGAUUGUCCAUAUCUGUCUAUCUAAUCCAGUGUCAAUUAAUCUAUCUCAAUUUAUUCAUUGCUUGCUCUAUAAGUUCGACCUUUGACAUGCCGAAAUGA